GGUUGAGCGUGCGCCAUGGACUGGGCCGCCCGGUGAUAUUGACAAUAGGAGAGAGAAAGGGGGCAUUGACGGGGACCCGGCGCGGGUGGCGAACGGCGGCUCCGGCAGCGGCGGCUCCGGCUCCAGCGGCUCCUCCUCCUCCUCCUCCGCCUGUUGCCGCUGCGGAUUCAGUCUUCCUCCCUCCCUUCCCCCCUCCCCACGUCGCCGCCGCCGCCGGGUCCGGGGCUCCGUGCAGAGGCGCCGCCCGCCGGGAAUGUGAGCGAGGAGCCUCCGGCGGAGCCGCUACGGGGUCGGUGCCGAUUUGAUGGGACGGGCCCGCGGGGGAGGAUCGUGAGGCCGCCGCUGCCGGAGCGCUGAGGCUCGGUCCGGCGUUGAGGCCUAGAGGCGCCGACGCCGCCGCGGAACCGGAGGGACGCCGCACCGGACAGCCGUCGGCCCGGCUUCCCCGCCGCUGCCCGGACCUUCUCCUGCACCGGGUCCCGUCUCCCACCGCCCGCCCCCGCCCCUUGAACCCACACAUCGUCUUUGGAUUCUUCCCCAAAAGCUUCAAGUAGGGAUAUGUCCUCAGCACCAACUACUCCUCCAUCAGUGGAUAAAGUAGACGGAUUUUCUCGGAAGUCCGUCAGAAAAGCCAGGCAGAAGAGGUCGCAGAGUUCCUCCCAGUUCAGAUCUCAAGGCAAGCCCAUUGAGUUAACACCUCUGCCGCUGCUCAAAGACGUUCCAUCCUCAGAGCAGCCUGAACUGUUCCUAAAGAAACUUCAACAGUGCUGUGUCAUUUUUGACUUCAUGGACACGCUAUCUGAUCUUAAAAUGAAAGAAUACAAGCGCUCCACUCUUAAUGAACUGGUGGACUACAUUACAAUAAGCAGAGGCUGUUUGACAGAGCAGACUUACCCUGAAGUAGUUAGAAUGGUAUCUUGCAAUAUAUUCAGAACUCUCCCUCCUAGUGACAGCAACGAGUUUGAUCCAGAAGAAGAUGAACCCACCCUUGAGGCAUCCUGGCCACACUUACAGCUUGUAUAUGAAUUUUUCAUACGAUUUUUGGAAAGCCAAGAAUUCCAACCCAGCAUUGCCAAAAAAUACAUAGAUCAGAAAUUUGUAUUACAGCUUCUGGAGCUCUUCGACAGUGAAGACCCCCGCGAGCGGGACUACCUAAAAACAGUCUUACACAGAAUCUAUGGCAAGUUUCUUGGUCUUAGAGCAUUUAUCCGAAAACAGAUAAACAAUAUUUUUCUAAGGUUUGUUUAUGAAACAGAACACUUCAACGGGGUAGCCGAACUGCUGGAAAUAUUAGGAAGCAUCAUCAACGGCUUUGCUUUACCGCUGAAGGCAGAACACAAGCAGUUCCUGGUCAAAGUGCUGAUCCCUUUGCACACCGUCAGGAGCUUAUCACUCUUCCACGCGCAGUUGGCAUAUUGUAUAGUUCAGUUUCUGGAGAAAGAUCCUUCACUCACAGAGCCAGUUAUUAGAGGGUUAAUGAAAUUUUGGCCUAAAACAUGUAGUCAAAAAGAGGUCAUGUUCCUUGGGGAGCUGGAAGAAAUAUUGGAUGUGAUCGAACCUUCACAAUUUGUAAAAAUUCAGGAGCCUUUGUUUAAACAAAUUGCCAAGUGUGUAUCUAGUCCCCACUUUCAGGUGGCAGAAAGAGCACUCUAUUAUUGGAAUAAUGAAUACAUCAUGAGUUUGAUAGAAGAAAACUCUAAUGUUAUCCUUCCUAUCAUGUUUUCCAGUCUUUAUAGGAUUUCAAAAGAACAUUGGAAUCCGGCGAUCGUGGCGUUAGUGUACAACGUGCUGAAGGCGUUCAUGGAGAUGAACAGCACCAUGUUUGAUGAGCUGACGGCAACGUACAAGUCAGAUCGGCAGCGUGAGAAAAAGAAGGAGAAGGAGCGAGAAGAGCUGUGGAGGAAGCUGGAGGACCUGGAGUUGAAGAGAGGUCUCAGACGGGACGGGAUAAUCCCAGCCUAACAGCGAUGGCGCCCGCGGCACCGCCAGCCCGUGGAGUCACAUUUACGUAGUAGAAGAUGGAGCAGCAGUGUUCUGUGUUGUGCAACUUUACAGUAGAUUUCACAUUUGUUUCAUUAUUACAACAGCACUGUAUAUACCUGUCUCUAAGGAAAAGGAAAAAAAAAAAAAUAAGGACUUCAAUCCAAAGUUUGGACAGUAGACGGCCUUCUCAGAACUCUGCAAACGUAAUCAUUGUUCUAACCCUCUUUAAAACACACAGAAAAGCAGUCUUCAGAGAGCUGUUGAUGAAAUUGCUAUGUUAAAAUCCCAUUAUCAGGAGUUCCUUAUUUAUCACUAGCAGAGAGUAUGAUAAAAUUUUCAAAUGCGAACAAUCUUAAAUUUAGCUUGUCUUUCUGCUAAGCUGUUAAAUGUAUUUAUAGUAAAGGAAGAAAAAAAGACCGCCAUUUCCUCUUUAAGUUUGUGAAACAUCCUCCUCUGAAUGACUUGAUUGCAAUUCGACAUCUUUUCCUUUUGCACAUCUUCAUGAGCUGAAUGUCCGUGUAGAGGGGGGCCGGGAAUUGGAAAGGCCCCGAUAAAAAGUUUGUUUACUGGGGUGAACAUCUUCCCAGUGACCAGGUGGUCUGGUACUCCUUUGUCUGAGAAAUUAGGAGUCAAAAGAGAAGAGGUGAUAAACAUAGUAGGAAAGGGAAUUUUGGAUUCACGCAUCAGUUUAUGGUGAAUCCCAAUCAGUGUCUGGAAUCCUUUGGACGCAGGUACUCGGCAAUCAGGGGCUCCGGUACCUGGCCAGUAUUAGUUGUACAGAUCACUGAACACACACGUCCCAGACAUGUUUUAGAAACAUCACGUAAAACAUCCUUUUGGACCAUAUGAAAUAGGAAAGACAAACACUAAACUAUAACCAUGAAAUUGAUCACCAGGAUUGUGAAUCUAAUCGGGAAAGAGUUGAGCAGACAGCUUGGGCUGUUUGCGGUUGUUGCCUUACUUUUUAAUAUGUGUUUAUAAAGUAUUCCAGCAGAAGAGCAUGUAGCCUCUGGGGAAACAAACAUGCCACAGUGUUUUUUGUAGAUUCUCGUUCUCUAUCUCAUCACAGCGCCCACCCUGUUUUUAGCUGGAAAGGAUUCAGGAUAAACAUUAUGCAUUCUGGAUCGGAUGCAUAUUCCUAACUACUGUAUUUGUUACCAAAAGUGGUUCUACAAAUGCUACUGAAAAAAAAAAAAAUCUGGAAAUCCCUAAUGUCCUGAGUAUUAAUAAUAAAGUUUAAAAAUGCUUUUAUAUCAAA